AACCCACUUAGGAACUUUAGACUUUCCUAUCUUUAUCUAUGUUCCACAGUGACAUCAAUUCCCAGCCGGUCACCACUCGUGGUUAAAUGGCCGCAAUUGUCCCAUAUUUUGCAGAUUAAUCCUUCCCACUGUGCAGUCGGUUAGAGCUUUUGAAUGGUUCACUCCCACUUGUAUUUUUUCACUCUUUCGGUACUGCUUGGAAUCUAGUAUAGAAUGAGCUGGGAUCAAGAGACGUCCGCAAGACCGGCAGAUGGCGACAGCCUCGACGAUUCCCAGUCUAAAGCUAGAAGCAACAAUGCCAGAGCGCUAGGCAUGGACUGGAAGUCCUAUUCAAGGGCGGUGGAGGAAAGCAUCACAUCUGGCAUGUCAAACGAGGAUUUUUGGAUGCUCGUCCGGCGCUUCAAUAAGCAAAUAUACCAUGUCAAAGUCGCACCGGAGACUACUACCCAACAGGAGCUCGAUCUCAACCGGGUCGAAGAAGAAAGGUUUCCCGCGGAGAAGACGCGCAUGACGCUUGAGCGGUUCUAUGUCUCUGUCGUUAUAGGAGUCAGAGAAUCCCUCAACCAUGUCGUUAGAUUGCGGUCAUGGAAAGAGCCUGGGCGUACAUCGAUGUAUUCUGCUGUCUAUUUCUAUGCAUGGGCGUCGGACUUGCUCGUUCCUACGUUGAUGAGUAUCCUCGCUGCUUUGAUCUUGUGUCCGCAGAUCCGGCCGUUGCUUUUCCCCCCUGCCGCUGUCGAUUCAGGUUCUGAGAAGAAAGGAAAUCCGCCAGCGGCUGGGGAACCUGGAUCGCAUGGUGCUGUCGCUGAUGUUCCAAAGAAAUACAAAGGUGAAGACGUCGAGCAAGAGGCCAGCAGCAUUAUUGACAACAUCUCCAGCGUUGCUAUAGAUGCUUCCAAUGACCAGCAUGGCUAUAGUAUACUCGAUGAUGAUGAUCCCGAUGGCCUCUCCGAGCCAGAUCCGGUAGAAACAGAACCUGCAGCGGAUAUCCCGACUGAAAACGUGCCAGUCAAAGAACAAAAGAAAAUCCCCGCGAAGAAGAAAGCAUCUAAGGCUACUGAUCAGGUAAUGCGUGUUAUCAGCGACAUCACAGAUGUCUACGAAAGGUUUUCGAAUCUUCUUUCCCCAACGCCCCCAUUCGACAGCGUCGCACCUCGUCUACGUCUCGCGGCAAUACUAGCAUGUAUCAGCCUGCUCUCUCUCCUCGUGUCGAAUUACAUUAUUGUCAAGAUCGGUGGCUUUUUGAUUGGAUUUGGCUUCUUUGGUGGCCCCAUCUUCCAACGAGGUCUGGAGUUCUUGGAUUGUAACAUUCCCGACUGGAAGGAGUAUCUGGACAUACAAAAGACACUGCUGCAAGGAGUCCCUACCAACGCCCAACUUACAUUGACGCUUCUCCGGAUGGGCGAACUAAAUUCUUCCCCAUUACCACCUCCACCAAGUUCAUAUGAUAUGGAGAGUCCAUGGCCUUCGAGCCGUAAGAAGAUCAAACCGAAAAAGAUUGAUACGUCCCACGAAAAUGAAUCGCAGACUGGCACAUCUCCAGAGUCAAGUAACCAGGCACAAACACAAACAAAAACACUUGGAGAUAACCCUCCCUUGAAGCCGAAAUCAAAAAGACGAUAUGUGAUAAAGGUUCUCAAAUUCGUCCGCUACACAAUCGCAGCAGUAAUCAAAGGCCACGUCGCCUUCGACAGGGCCAUGGCGAUCGCAGCAGCACCACACCCCAGGAAUCUGAUUAACAUGCUGCGCAACAAAAGCUGGAUACUAACGCCUCUGGGACCGCUGAAAUUCGAUGCGAAAUUCGACCGAAAACGAGGCACGAUCGUCCUGGACUCAUCCAAGCAACCGCCUCUGCUCUACUUCACGACGUGCAAUUCGACCAAGUUGGACGAUUCGGACUUGCAGGUGGAGAACCGGAAGAAGGGAACUGUUCUGUUUCAGAUUCCCGUUAGCGAGAUCCGCGAAUUGAAGAAGGUCGACAGCUUGGGAUGGAAGGGGAAGGCGAUUGUUAAGCUUACGGCGGGCAGUAAGGAGGCGACGGAUGGCCUGGUGGUUUCGGGGGCGCUUCCGGGUCAGGCUUACCAUAUUUUAGGGAUGAAGGCUAGGAACCAGCUGUUUAAUCGGCUGAUUUCUAUGGAAGCCCAAUCAUGGGAGAGCCGGUGAGUAUUGUUUGGCACUGUUAUCUGGACAACACUACUACAAGCGCUAGUUUAUGAGACUCGCGCGCCAUUCCCGACUGCAGUGCCUAUAUUUUAUGAGUUUUAGCUACAACUGCAAUCUUAUGAAGUCUUACACUCAGCAGGGGAGAUAUCUACGGUUUGGAGUAGUACCCAUUUGGUACUUGUAUUUCCAACUGUCCAGAUAUAUUUGACAAGGCCACCUCCCCCGUUACGGGUGGUCCGCUGAAACAGGAAAGGGAGAAGGCCAAGGCAAAGUAACAGGAGCAUCAUCUCUCUUCGUCCCGAUAAUCAGAUGUUCAAAAGACGCAGCCUUCUCGACACGCGGAUUAAACGGCUCGAAAUCCCAGAGAUAUCCAAGUGUCCGGAGGACCGACGAGGCGGAGUAAGACACCUGCUUACCCUGGGAGUUGGAGCCGUACUGCUCCACGUAGCCCCUGCUGACCCACGGAGAAACAAGCCAGGUGGGAAGACGACCCCCCAGCCGGUCAAACUCGAAGGUGUAGCUCUCGCCGGUCGGAACAGUUGCUGUAUAGGUGAGAUUGUCGGGUCUCACAGCCAGUGGCGGUGGGACAUGAUCAUGAAAGCCUCCCGUUUCGUCGAAGCUAAUUAUGAGGAGAAUCUCGUCCCACUGGGGACUGCUGCGUACUGCCUCGUAGACGUCCUUCAACAGCUUCUCGCCAGCCGAGACCAGGCCGGUCGGGUGCAUGGAAUUCGUUCCAACACCGCAGCACGACGGGUUGAUGAACGCGAACUCGGGCAGCUGGCCAGCAGCUGCAUCGGCAUAGAACUGGGAGAUGUCCUUGAUGUUGGUAUCUGCGGUGCCGCUCUCAGCCGUCCAGGUGAAGAACAGGGCGUCGACGAUAUUCCUCUGGGUGUAAUAGUUGGUCCAUGUGUGGUUUGUUUCGAAUAACUGUUGGAAUAUCGAUCGUUGAGGGAGUUCGCUGCGGUCGAAGCCAGGGUCAUUGCGACCGUGUCCGUAGGAUGUGCCAGAGUGAAAGUACGCUCUAUUGGGGUUUGUUGGCUGGAAGGGCGUCAGCAUGUAGAGCCACCAUGUACGACUAGCUUUGACAUACACCUGGAACAUCCGAAUGAAAGUGGUUAAACACAACAAAUUCCUGCGUCAGAGCUGUGAUGACAGGAACCUGUUCCUCAGUAUAGAAAUUGAUGACUUCCUGCGCCAAAUAGGCAUCAUCCUCUCUGGUAUCAUAAAGACGAAUCUGCUCAUGGACGAACCCAUCCAGAGAUGGCCUCAUCUUGCCGGACGCGAUAGCCGCAUUAUCCGGCAUGAAAGUCCCAUAGAACUCGAUAUUAUUCCCAUGGAUCUCAUGAUCUGGGUCAUCAAGGAUGGAGUCAAAGUCCUUCGCGUUACUGCAGACUACACCCUGCGAGGGGUCGCUGAGGUUGUAUGGAUUGCAGAACGGGCCGUUGUUGAUGGGGUUGUCCAGGCCAUGAAUCCUCUGUCCGCCGAGGAGAUUGUCGACAGAGCGGUUCUCCAUGAUGAUGAAGACGACAGUCUUGAUCUUGUCCUUCAGGUUGGCGACAGGGUGUUUUCCUGCUGGUGCUAGAGGUUGCUGGUGCUGGUAAUACUGGUACGGGGAGAGGGAGGGCACCAUCCCAACGGCCAGGGCGAUGGCCAGCAGGCCCAACAGCAUGUUUAGAUACAUUCUGGCUUAAUAUCUUCGAGAUGAAGGGAAGUCGGGUUUUACGACAUUGCCAGACUGUAUGUAGUAUUAUGUACAUGCGGGUAUGUCCUGCAUCCCGCUGAGGCCUGUACAAGAUGCAAGUCAGCAGGAGAUUGGCCAUUCGGAAGAG